CACCAUUUCAGAUCAUUAACACCUUACUUUGCAUGAAUUAUUCUUGUUUUCAUGAUUUUAUUUACCUCCUCAACCUUAUCUACUUGGUUGUAUUGCCCAGGCACGUAACGUACUUGAACUUACAACUAUCUGUUAUUACCCACGAAUACGUCUAAUGCCGCAACAAACUGGUUGACAUUCGCCACCGUUCCCGGCUUUUGGUGGAUUUCAUCGGUCUUGGUUCUGAUCGUUUGCUUUAGAUAAUGGGGUUCCAAGUUGCUUGGAACUACGAAUCCGAAGCAGAGCUGAUCCAUGGAGAUGCCAAUACCCUUCAGCCAGAGCAAGAACUUAUUCAAUGGUGCAGCUUUGAUUCCAUGAUUCGGGUUCAGUGUCAUCUGCAAACCAUAGCAUUUGGUAUCCAUACCAUCCAAGAUAAACGCAUCCAACGCACCGAAUGUGCUUGACGUCGGCUGGUAGUACGUCAAACGUCGAGGAGCUUCACGAAUCUCGUCGAGUGUGGAGG